GGUAGUCAAUGUUAUCUGUCAAAAAAAUAUUCAAUCUCGAGGUCAGGGUUGAGAGUAGCUUAUGUUGUUCCAUGGAUCACUGAUAAUCAAUGUAACAAUUAUGGUUAGGUUAAACUGAUGAUGGUAAUUGUAAUUAUAGGCUUUGAUAUAUUACAAAUACAAAGUAUUAAAACAUUAAUUUUUUAUUGUGCGAUAAUGGCUGAAUAAGCUGAAAAAAGAGGGAGCAACGAGCAAGAGCAAAAAGACGAGUCGUUUUGAUUGAAAGAUUUUGCUAUAAAAGAACAGUUUGAUCCUUCAAUUAUGCUUUAUUUACUGUAUAUUAGUUGAUUGAUAUUCAUUUGGAAAUUAUUAUUAUUAUUUGUGGAUCAACUUGGAUACUGGAAAUAAUUUAAGUGCAUCGGAAAAAUGCCAAAAACCGGAUUAGAACACGACAAUCUUUACCAAAAGUAUGAAAGAGAUGCGACUGGAUGGAAGGUUUUAAGGAAUGGUUUCGUUCAUGAAUCGGAUAAAAUAGAAAAGGCCGUUAAAUUAGUUGGCAAAGAUGGACUGUUAAGAUAUGAUCAAAGUAAAAUCCGUGUCACUCUAUUUGGCUUAGGACGUAUUGGAACUGUUUGGAUUGAAAGAAUCCUUAGGAAUCCAAGACUUCAAUUGGUUUACUGUGUUGAACCUUGUGUAGAACGUGCCAAUUACUUUGAAUACAUGUAUAAUUUGAAAGAUGUUAAGAUGAUUCAUCCAAAUAGUCAAGAUGAAGUCUUCAGUGACCCUGAUGUAGAUGCUGUUAUUAUUGGUACUCCGACUUCAUCUCAUGAAUAUCUUGUACUCAAAUCAAUCAACUCUGGCAAAGCAGUUAUGUGUGAGAAACCAUUGGCUGACAAACUAGAAUCAGUGGAUAAAAUUUUUAAACUAGCCAUCCAAAGAAAUUUACCCUUUCUGACUGCUAUGAACCGUCGAUUUGACCCUUCUUUCAGGUCGAUUAGGAAACGUGUGAAAAAGGGUGAAAUUGGAAAAGUACACAUUAUAAAGACUACUCAUCGUGAUCACCCCGGUCAUCCUGCUUCUUAUCUGAAAGGCUCGGCUGGAAUAUUCUUGGACUCAGCCAUUCACGAUAUUGACUUGGUGUGCUGGGUUAUUGGUGAAUAUCCUGUUACCGUUAUUGCUUCUGGAUCAGCUUUUGAUGAAGAGAUUGGAGCGAUGGGUGAUUAUGAUACUGUUGUUAUUGUUCUGAAGUUUCCUUCUGGAGCAAUGGGCACCAUUGAUGUGACUAGAUCCUCAGCAUAUGGUUAUGAUGAGAGAUUAGAGGUUUUUGGCUCUUUAGGAAUGUUGACUGGACCUUCAGUUAGACCCACAUACGUUACUUUGGACUCUGAGUCUGGAUCAACUACUGUUCCAUACCAUUAUAAUCACAUUUCACGAUUUGCGGAAUCUUAUACCAAUGAGCUGGAACAUUUUGUUGAUUGUAUAAAAGGCUUGAAAGAAGUUGAAGUAAAACCAAUGGAAGUCAUGGCGGCAACUAAAAUAGCUCAAGCGUGUAAGGAAUCAGCUCGGACUGGAAGACCUUUUGAAUUAACAUGGAAGGAAAGUUGGAGUUAUUCUAGAAACAAUGAAGAAUAAUAUUCCGUAGAAUCAUUUUAAAAGCUCAAUUGUAAUCAUAACUGCAAACGAUUAAAAAUAUAAGCGCUUCUAUUAUUUUUCUACAUUCUUGUAGAAUUGAUAGUUCUGGAGCCUUUUUUUCUUAUUGAAAA